GCCUUCUAGAUAGCUGAAUUAAACAACAUGGCUGACAAUGGAAUUUCAACUUCAGCACUGCGCAAACGGAGUGCAACAAUGCAAAAUAUAGACUCUGUGAUCGAGACGCCCCGACUCAUUUUACUGCGACUAACCGACACGGAAGAGGGAUCGCAGCAUUUGCAAUGGUUCCACGAGUGGUGGACUGAUCCAGUCGCAACGUCGUGGAGCAUGCACGGAGCCUGUAAAUCCUAUGAAGAAAGCCGAGAAUGGAUGAUAGACCACGUAGAGAAAUUCGACCAUCUCAUGUACGCCAUUUUCGAGAAACCCGAAAUUUCACCUUCAUCGUCAUCCACCGAAGCUCCAACCGCCACAAAAGAAAUAAACAUGAACAAUCCGGGAAAAUACAUAGGUAAAACGGGUCUCCGAAGACAGGCCAUCAGCCCCGUUCUCCCACCUCCUCCACCUCCUUCCUCACACUCAUCCGACGCAUCGAAGCCGCUCAAUCUCCGCGUGAUCGGCUACGCCUUGUUCAAAUCCGCCUGGGGCAAAGGGUAUGCCACGGAGGCCAACACUGCGAUGCUGGAGACCUACGCGGCUUACUGCGCGAGGGAGAAGACUGGAUUUCUAAACUACCUUGAGGCGGGUGUGGAUGAGUCAAAUCAGGGCAGUAGGGGUGUGCUUGGUAAGUUAGGAUUCAAGCCUGUAGGUUUUAAGACCGAGGUGGAGCCAGUGUUUCUGGCUGGAGCGUGGAGGCAUGGUGGAUAUUGGAUUUAUGGGCGGUAUAUCUAAGGGAUAUGUCUGGGGACGUUUAGCUGAAGUCUAUUGAUCUUGAUGAUUGGGGAGGAGUAUGUGCACUAGGAAGGAAAUGCACAAAGAUGUGUUGGAAUCUCAUCGACGCGGACGUUCAGCGUGCAAUUACCUGGACGACCGGAAGCAAUUGCUAUGCGGCUACACGUAGGUAACGCGCCAUACGUUCAUUUUCGAAACAACUGGAUGCACUCUAUGCAACUAGAUUCGAAGUACCAGGGGAAUUUUGAGUACAAUGUAAUAAUGCAU